GUGUGCCGCGUGCCAGGAGCCAGCAGUCGUAGAGAUGCGCGUCGCCGCGACGGCCUGUCCGUCGCCGACGUGCCCGUCAACGACGUGUCCGUCGUCGUCGUCGUCAUCGUCGGGGAACCUCCGUCGGUGCAGACCAAUCGACCUGCGACUGCUCUGCAUCGUCUUGGUCUCCUGGAUUAUCCUCGAUCGGCCAGCCCUCGGUCUACCGGAUCCACCGGAGCUGACGACCGCGGAAGAUUUAUCCGGCAGGGGCACGAAAAAAUUUAGCGACGACUGCACGCUGGACAGUGAAUGCGGUUUCGCGGGCUCCUAUUGUGAACCCAAAAAGAAGAAGUGCGGCUGCAAGGAGGAAUUCGAGGCCACGAACCAUAUCGAUAAAUGCGGACACGCGGCAAAUGUAAACGAGUCUUGUUUCUUCCACGAGCAAUGCGAGGCACGAGUCAGCCAAACGGAAUGUCGCGACGGCCGUUGCAUCUGCCUGUUCGAGAAGGUGCCGGAGACGAAACCCGAUGGCGUAAUAGUCUGCGUCGCCGAGGUGAAGGAACCGACCAGCCUGCAGUACAUAGACCCGGCGAUGAUCGGCGUUCUCGUUGGCAUGGCACUGAUGUUCAUCAUCAUCUGCAUCGUUCUUAGACUCUUCAGCAGGGCCCGCUGGCGAGAGAAUCGCACCAUCUUCAACACACCGAACGCGCGUCUCAUGAACGUCUCGCUACUGAGAGAGAACAAGCUCCUGCACGCUCAGGAGAGACGCGGCUCGAGAGCGAGCGUACGAGUCCCUUCGAGGCAACCCUCGAUGGCGUCCUUGCGGGCCCACUCGCCGAACGCCUCGCAAGGGUCACGCGCAGGAUCGCGACGUGGGAGUCGCGGUAGCAGCGGGAACGCUUCGGCCACCUCGGUGAAAUCUAACAAAUCGCCGAAUCAUACGAACAACGUCGCCGACCCGGUCCUGGAGAACGUCACCGUCGAGAUUCUCGACGCGAAGACGUAGACUGAUCGUCUUAGCGUCGCGACAAACGAUCCAAUCGGCAUUCCCGUCUAUCACUUAGCCUCGCGUAGCGAACACGUAGCGCCUCCGCGCGCGUGCAGAUCGCCGUCCUAAUAAAUCCGCAGCUCGCGAAUAAUUGGCUGCCGUGUCCCGCUUUUCCGCUCGGCGCUUCGAGAGGAAUGGAAAUUUAACGUUCGCUAAUGCAAAUGUCAUUGGAGGCGAGUGAGGCUCGCCCGGUUAAAGAGGCGCCGCCGACGACGACGACGACGGCGACACGUGUGUCGAGAUCUCGACGAGGUCGGAGCGUGAAUUGUGUCAGUGAUUGGGAUCGCCUAAAAUGUCUGUUGCGCCGCUUUAAUGACAAAAGCACUUGACGCUGGCACGGCAUCAAGUGGCCAAUCUGGUCGGACUAAUUGCGAGCUGAUCUUUCCAGCGUGUCCGCCUCCUUUUGAUAACUCGAUCGAUCUCGCACCCGUUAGAACGCGACUCAACAACGACUGUCGGGACAUUGACUCUAGACUAAUCUCUCUUUCUCGCGCGCUACGCCGGUGAAACGUUUGAUUGGUCAUUCCGUCGCGACUCAUGACGAUCCAGUCGAUCUAUACUUUCAGAUUUCGGCUAGAUCUACAAGCGCUAUCCUCGACUAAGGUGCUAGGCUGACGAGCCGUCUCAAUGAACCACGGGAAGACAUAGGUAUACGCGCGAGAUACUUGAGCCGCAGAGAGUAUCCUGGAGAGGUUACUCUCUCUCUCUCUCUCUCUCUCUCUCUCUACCAAAGAACAUCAUUAGCAUACACUUUAGCUGAUCGGCGUGACUACACCCGUGAACCAAAGCGGCAGGAAUGAUCGUGAAUCUCUUUACGCGAGAACGAUGCGACGCAUCGUCCGGCCAUCAAUCACUCGGCUUCUCGCUUCGUACUAACUGUCUCGAUCAUUUCAAGGUAUUCCAAGCGCACUACAUAACGCGACUAUUGCGAAAGGCGACGGACAAUUAUCGAGGCUCACCCUCAACGUGAACACUUUUCGGACCAAGCGACCUCACCGCCGCACUCGAUCGUUCUGUUCUCAACGGGGGCGCAGUCGUAUACGUGAUACGUAUUGUAAUUGCUACCAUCAUAAAUGCCAAUGUGUAAUCAGGGUCGUGCGGAGAAGCGAAGCGCGGUGGACGUUCGCAGAGAGUGUCCCGCGAUAGGAAGAGCACCGCAAACGGAUUGCGCGUAAUGACGCGAGAAUUGUCGCGUCGACCUUGACAGUAACAUCAAGAGCCUCCCCUGGAGAGUAAUAAUGUAAAUUUCACGUAGAUUUAUUCGCAAGACCUCUCUCAAUAUCGCGAGAAUUACUGAAUCGAAAGCGAAACAAGGAGGAAAAUGAUGAUCGCGAUUUUAAUCACGACAGAUGACUUCACAAAUUCAUGAAAUCACUCAUCAUGAUUGAAGUCGUUCGGUCGGAUAUGUAUAUACUACGAAAACAUGGAUUCAAAAUUUAUUCAGUCGCGACAAGUGUGUGAUUAUAAAUGAAAAUAAAAUUUGGAAGUAAAACUUAUUAAAUCGCGGCGAGCGAUCAGAGGAAUUUGUUCAGUCGCGACAAGUGAUUGUAUAAAUUCACGAAAUCGCGAUAAGUGAUUCAACAGUGAUUUCAAGUCAAUUUUUCGAUGUGAUAUGCGUCCAGUAUGUAAAACGAGCGUGUUACCGUCAGGGUUGAGAAAGCGAUCGCGACGGAAGGCAGUGCAAAGCCAACAAUUAAUUUCCGUUGUCGAGAGAGGAACAGAGACACGAUGAUCGUUCUCCUCGCACUCUCCGCGAACAGAUCAUCACGUCGGGGACGACAGACGCGAAGACGAUCAUUCUUGAUGUCGAGGAGGGGGAGGGGACAAGGGACGCGAUGAGACGCGCAAGCCUUUUUCUCUGAAAGUUUUUUCUCGGCGCGACGCGACACGACGCGACGUGACGCGACGCCGCGUCGUCGAGGCGCGAAGGGACGACGCGAUCGCGGGAUCAAUGAUUCAAUCAAUUUACAUCGAAAGCGACACUGCGACUCGAUUGCCGCGACAUGCCAACGCGAAAGGGACCAGAGAGGAGCGUUUGUUCCAAGUGCCACCUCGGGAGGAGGAGCAGGAGGAGUGCGAGAGGGUGAAAAGAGGAGUGACGAGGGCGCGUUGCCAGAUUCACUAAGACGGUGCCACGCGGCGGCGAUUAAGCGCAUUCUGACCAUACAAUCGUAGUGCGUAGUUACUUAAAGAUAAUCGCAUUAAUUAGACGUUAAUCGGCGCACGAUUCUGUAGACCACGGCGAGUUUCCGCGAGACGCAUGCGAGGUCCUCUCCCGCCUGGGGAGAGGACAGGUAGCGAAUUUUUCCUUGGGGAUCUGUCGGAGUUUCUCUCUGGAGGCUGUUCUCGCUUACAUGCCGAGGAGUUUAUCGUGACGUUCGUGUUAAUGAUCGGUAGAGGAAAAGGGAGCAAGAGAGAAGCGUGAAAGAGCUUAGGGGCUUAUUUGCUUAUUUCGAGGUGUUUUUCGUAAGAUGUGCGUGUGUGAGUGCGCGCGCGUGUGAGUGUACGUGUGCGUGUAUGCUGUGUAUCACGUAUCGUACCGGAAAACUCGUUGAAACCACAUCAUUGAGACUCGGGGAGCCGCGGGAAACUUGGUGGAAUUUUAUUCGAGCAAUUCUGUUCGGAUUGUUCUCGUUCUCUCUUUCCUCAGGAAAAAAAUCAAGCUCGCGCUUUUCGCGGUGUUAGUUUCCGCCACGAGAUGGUAAAAAGAUCCGUGUGUGCGUGUAUGUAUGUGUACGCGGGCGCUUGAACCGCGCGCGUCACCGAAUUGCGGGAGCGACGGCUUGGAAAAUCGAUGGAGAAACGUAGAACGACCAACGUAAAACGACGCAUAUAGAUUCGUCGUAAGCAUUGGUUUCCUACAUCACGACGACACUGUGGGCGUCUCGCAGCCGCAACGUUUAUCGUCUUCAAAAAAAAAAAAAAAAAGAAAGAAAAGUCCUUCCUUGAGAAGAAAUUUUACUGAAAAUCCACGGUGUAUGUAACGUGAACUAUGGAUUUUCAAUCAAACUUUCCUCGAGAAAGACAUUUUGGGAUGUAACCUUGACACUAGGUUCGCGCAGUUGACGGCGUUCACCGAUUUUCAUUCGUUGAAAAAAAAGUAAAUAAAUGUCAUAGACUCGCGGGCCCGCAGACGACAUCGGCAAUGCUAAUGCAAAUAGCGGGCUUGGAAACCCUUGCUGCGGCUUUCCCCUCGUUAGCAAUGAGAUUAGUUAGGAAAGAGAGGGGUUGAAGAGAGCAACGGGGAUAUCGAGAGAGGACAGAAAUCUAGCUCAACUGUCCAACCAGGCAAUGUUGCAAAAUGCAUUUUGGAAAGCCAAACACAACAAUAAAGCCUGAUCUACACUAUGCUCUUUGCUUCCUGUUUCUUUCUUUUUAUCUCUUUCUGACUCAAACCUUAAGCUUUAAACCAGAAAAAGACAGAAGACAAGAAACAGAAUGCAAAGAGCAUAUUGUAGAUCAGACUUAAGUGCCGAAAGAUGUCUUAAGGAUAUUCAGAAGACGUCUAAAAGAAGUGGCAUGUCUCUAAGACAUCUUUUGGUUCGUACUACCUGGAAGGCAGCACUAGCAACCCUUGCCUCUCCCGUGUUAUUCCGUUUCCUUCAACCCCUCAGUCCCCUGCGACGCGUAGGCUGCGUUACACUUUGAAUUUCGCAUUCGCGGCGCGUCUUCGUCGCUACAAACGCUCUCUGCUGCUUCGUUAGAGAUAGUGAUAGCCCACGCAACACCACGUGACCGGCGAACGGGUCGAUAUCUUAUCUAUCGCAUCUGCUCCGAUCGAGAGAUCCGCCAAGCCGGAUGUACCUGGUGUCGCGUGGAAAGGAGCCUCUGUAGAGCGAGCGAGACAGUAUUCUCACGUUUGUUACAAACGUGUUUCCGACACAGACAUGCGACUUUACUAUACGGAUACCUUAUCAAUCGCACAAGAGUACGUUAUAUCUCAAUAUAUCGAAAGCUUGCUAUGUCCAUG